CUUCAUGAGCUUCACACCACUGCCACCAUAAUUCCUACAGGACAGUCAUCGUCCUUCACACGACUGAAGCAAGCAUUGUAGUUCAAACAGGCGACCACCUCCAUAUCAAUCUUAGUCUCGCGACAUCCCCGGCAGCACCACCAACCAACCCACCACCAUCACUCUCUGUUUGAUCUUUUUACAGAGAACAGGCGCGAGAGCAAUGCAGAUAUUCCCAGAAAGUGUGCGGAAACUUUGGAAUGAAUGGGAGCUACGCUUGAUGGUUCUACUCAGCCUUUUCCUACAAAUCGUCCUAAUCAUCUUUAGCAACCGACGAAAGUACAGAGUCACACCUUGGUUCAGAAUCCUGAUUUGGUCGGCCUACUUGUCCGCAGACUGGGUGGCGACAGUAUCCCUCGGUACCCUCUCAAACAGCCAAGGAGAUUCGGAAGGGAAACUUCUGGAUCCAAACUAUACCCUCAUGGCAUUUUGGGCGUCAUUCCUUCUCUUGCAGCUUGGUGGUCCGGACACUAUCACAGCUUACUCCUUAGAAGAUAAUGAGUUGUGGUUAAGGCACUUGCUUGGACUAGUUGUCCAAGUUGGAGUGGCUUUCUACGUGUUUCUGAGGUCAUGGGCAGGAACUCCACUCACAUUUCUAUCCAUUCCGAUGUUUGUGGCUGGAAUUAUCAAGUAUGGAGAGAGGACCUGCGUUCUGAGGUCUGCAAGCAAGAAUCACUUUAGAGAUUCUUUGCUUCCAGUUCCUGAUCCUGGACCUGAUUAUGCUGAGUUCAUGAAGGAAUAUGGUUCAUUGAAAGACAAAAUGGACGUUGCUAGAACCAGGAAUAAAAAUAUUGGUGAAAAGCCACUUCAAUCUACCUCUGGUGAUGACAUUACUAUUCCGGGUGGAAAAUAUAUUGAUAAAGCUUACUUCUUAUUCGAGAACCAAUUCAAGCAUCUAUAUGCAGACCUCAUCCUCAGCUUGGAUGACCAAAAAACCAGUGAGCGCUUCAUUAAGGAAUUGUCAUUCGAAGAUGCCUUCAAAGUGGUAGAGAUGGAGCUUAGUUUUAUGUAUGAUGUGCUCUACACCAAGGCAACAGUGGUUUAUUCUCUACUAGGCAUUCUUUUCCUCAUUGCCAGCUUCUUGUCCACUAUUUCUACCUUAGCGGCCUUCUGCUUCUUCAUCGAUAGGCAUGAGUUCUCAAACAUUGACAUCAACAUUACUUACUUAUUACUCUUUGGAGCUAUUUUUCUUGAGGUUUAUGCUCUCAUUAAGCUGAUUUUGUCGGACUGGAGCAUCGUCUGGUUGAGCAGCAAGAAGAACCCCCUGGCUGAUUCCAUUUACCUAGCCAUUACCUUUUUUAGAUCAGUUCUAACUAGUGACAAGAGAUGGUCUAGACACAUGGCACAGAACAAUUUAAUUGAUUCUUGCCUCGAAGACAAAACCAAGUUCAAUCAGGUUCCCGGGUUUUUUGACAUGAACAAAUUCUUAGAGAAGUACUGGUACAUGACUUGGGAGAAGGUGGAUGACAUGAAGGAACCCAUCUUCUGCUGGCUCCUAGAGGUGACAAAUGAUGCCGGGGAUCGCAGGCAGCUACUCAAACACAGAGCAUCCUCCUCUGGCAUAUCGCUACAUUAUCCUUGUGAUGUCGAAAAAUCCCCAGAUACCAAUCUCAAGUCAAGAUGCGAAAUAAGCAAAUGCUUGUCUGAGUAUAUGUUGUAUCUACUAGUCAUGUGUCCAUUUAUGCUGCCAAAAGGGAUAGGGGAGUUUAGGUUCCGAUACACUUGUUCAGAGGCUAAAAGAUUCUUCCAGCAAAGAAGGGAGUCCAUAUCUAACAGAAAUGAAGAAGCUUGCAGAUUGCUGCUUGAAGUUGACACGGAAGUUGAGCCAAUAAAAGUGAAAGGAGAUAAAAGCAAGUCGGUGUUAUUCGAGGCAUGUGGGCUUGCCAAAAAGUUGAAAUCACUGGAAAUGGGGAUGGGAGAGAAAUGGAAGAUGGUGAGUGAGGUGAGGGUGGAGAUGUUGUGCUAUGUUGCCAGUCAUUGUGGAUGGAUUCAACACGGUCAGCAGCUCCGGCGAGGCGGGGAGCUACUCACUCAUGUCUGCCUUCUUAUGUCCCACCUUGGUUUAAGCGAGCAAUUCCAAAUAUUGGAAGGUGAAAAUGAAAUUCGUAGUCGUUUAAGCGAGCAAUUCCAAAUAUUGGAAGGUGAAAAUGAAAUUCGUAGUCGUAAUAUACCACUUACAUGCCCGAAUUGUGCGUGCAACCAAAUUAUUGAGAAUAGGAUCAUAUGGGCUUGCCAAAAAGUUGAAAUCACUGGAAAUGGAGAUGGGAGAGAAAUGGAAGAUGGUGAGUGA